UCUUCUCUAGAAAGAGACUGGGGGUGGAGAGUGACUACUGAUUAGAACAACACUCACUCACUCCCUCCCGCCAAACUCAAAACGCAAACCCUAAUUCAGGGUUUAACCUCCGACGGAGAAGAAAACCUCCCAUUCCGUUCUCCGCCAUGAGUUUCGCGGCGUACAAGAUGAUGCAGUGGCCCACCGGCGUCGAACACUGCGCCUCCGGCUUCCUCACCCAUUCCCGCGCCGACCUCGCUUCCCACACCAUCAUUCCUCCCCCCGACGACGACCUCGAUUCCGACUGGGCCCCACGUCCCCGCCACCCCUCCCCUCUCCCCAACCUCGUCGUCACUGCCGCUAACGUCCUCGAAGUCUACAUCGUCCGCCUCCAGGACCGCCAUCCUUCAAAGCCCUCCUCCGCCCGCGGUACACUCCUCGAUGGAAUCUCCGGCGCCUCGCUUGAGCUCGUUUGCCAUUACAGGUUGCAUGGAAAUGUUAAAAGCAUGGCUGUCUUGAGCAUUGGGGGUGGUGAUACUUCUAAAAGGAGAGAUUCUAUCAUCUUAACUUUUAAAGAUGCGAAGAUUUCAGUUCUAGAGUAUGAUGAUUCUAUUCAUGGACUCCGAACUAGUUCUUUGCAUUGCUUUGAGGGUCCAGAAUGGCUCCAUUUAAAAAGAGGCAGGGAACAAUUUGCAAGAGGUCCAGUGGUAAAGGUUGAUCCUCAAGGAAGGUGUGGUGGAGUUCUAGUCUACGAUUUGCAAAUGAUAAUACUAAAGACUACUCAGGCUGGUUCUGGUUUAGUUGGGGAGGAUGAUCCGUUGGGUUCUGGAGGUGCAGUUGCUGCUCGCAUUGACUCAUCUUAUAUGAUAAAUCUGCGUGACUUGGAUAUGAGGCAUGUAAAAGAUUUUACAUUUGUUCAUGGCUAUAUUGAACCUGUGAUGGUGAUCUUGCACGAACGUGAGCUUAGCUGGGCUGGGCGUGUCGCAUGGAAGCAUCAUACUUGCAUGAUAUCAGCGCUUAGUAUCAGCACAACUUUGAAGCAACAUCCACUUAUUUGGUCAGCUGUUAAUCUGCCUCACGAUGCUUACAAGCUUAUUGCAGUGCCCUCUCCAAUUGGUGGUGUUCUUGUAAUUGCUGCUAAUACUAUUCAUUAUCACAGUCAGUCUGCUUCUUGUGCACUGGCCUUGAACAGCUAUGCGGUUUCACUUGAUAGUAGUCAGGAGAUGCCAAGAUCAUUUUUCAACGUAGAACUUGAUGCUGCCAAUGCUACUUGGUUGUCGAAUGAUGUGGCCUUAUUGUCAACAAAAACUGGUGAAUUGCUAUUGCUUACUCUUAUUUUUGAUGGAAGGGUUGUACAGAGACUUGAUCUUUCCAAGUCAAAAGCUUCAGUUCUGUCAUCUGGUAUUACGACAAUCGGAAAUUCUCUGUUUUUUCUCGCCAGUCGAUUAGGAGACAGUAUGCUAGUGCAAUUUUCUUGUGGAUCAAGUGUUUCAAUGUUGUCUUCCAAUCUAAAAGAAGAGGUCGGUGAUAUUGAAGGAGAUGCUUCUUCAACAAAGAGAUUGCGGAGGUCACCUUCUGAUUCUUUACAUGAUAUGGUUAGUGGUGAGGAACUCUCCUUGUAUGGAUCUGCUCCAAAUAGAACAGAAUCAGCACAGAAAUCCUUCUCGUUUGCAGUAAGGGAUUCAUUGAUUAACAUUGGUCCUUUGAAAGAUUUCUCAUACGGUUUGAGAAUAAAUGCUGAUGCAAAUGCUACAGGGAUAGCCAAGCAGAGUAACUAUGAAUUGGUCUGCUGUUCUGGUCAUGGAAAGAAUGGUUCUCUGUGUGUUCUUCGGCAAUCAAUUCGCCCAGAAGUUAUUACUGAGGUUGAACUUCCUGGGUGCAAAGGAAUUUGGACUGUUUAUCAUAAGAGCGCACGCUCUCAUAUUUCCGAUUCUUCUAAGCUGGCCGAUGAUGAUGAUGAGUAUCAUGCAUACCUUAUUAUAAGUUUGGAGGCUCGUACUAUGGUACUAGAAACAGCCGAUCUGCUAAGUGAGGUUACUGAAAGUGUUGACUAUUAUGUUCAAGGAAAAACACUUGCGGCAGGGAAUUUAUUCGGAAGGCGUCGAGUUAUUCAAGUGUAUGAACGUGGUGCUCGGAUCCUAGAUGGUUCUUUUAUGACCCAAGAUAUAAGCUUUGGGCCUUCUAACUCUGAUUCUAAUUCGGGAUCUGAGAGUGCUUUAGCACUCUCGGUGUCUAUAGCUGAUCCAUAUGUCUUACUCAGAAUGAGUGAUGGAAGUAUUCGACUUUUGGUUGGAGAUCCUAGUACAUGCACCAUUUCUGUCACUUCUCCAGCUUCAUUUGAGAGCUCUAAGGAAUCAGUUUCUUCAUGUACACUGUAUCAUGAUAAAGGACCUGAGCCAUGGCUAAGGAAGACAAGCACUGAUGCAUGGCUUUCUACUGGUGUUGGUGAGGCUAUUGAUGGCACUGAUGGUGCACCUCAGGACCAUGGGGAUAUUUAUUGUGUUGUUUGUUAUGAAAAUGGAAACCUUGAAAUAUUUGAUGUGCCCAAUUUUAGUUGUGUUUUUUCUGUUGAGAAUUUUAUGUCUGGAAAGAGCCAUCUUGUUGAUGCUCUGACGAAAGAGGUGGCCAAAGAUUCUCAAAAGGGGGAUAAAGGUUCUGAUGCAGUGGCCAACCAAGGCAGGAAGGAAAAUGUACUGAAUAUGAAGGUUGUAGAGUUAGCCAUGCAGAGAUGGUCAGGGCAGCACAGCCGCCCAUUUCUUUUUGGUAUUUUGAGUGAUGGAACAAUACUUUGUUACCAUGCUUACCUUUAUGAAAGCCCUGAUGGUACUUCUAAAGUUGAGGACUCAGUUUCAGCCAGUGGACCUGUUGACCUUAGCAGCACUAGUGUUUCUAGGCUUAGAAAUUUGAGAUUUGUUCGUUUGCCAUUGGAUGCAUAUCCCAGGGAGGAGACAUCAAAUGGAUCACCUGGUCAACAUAUUACUAUUUUCAAGAAUAUUGGUAGUUAUGAAGGGUUCUUCCUAUCAGGGUCAAGACCGGCUUGGGUUAUGGUAUUGAGAGAGCGACUCCGUGUUCAUCCGCAGUUAUGUGACGGGUCCAUUCUUGCUUUUACUGUCCUACACAACGUGAACUGCAAUCACGGACUCAUAUAUGUUACAUCACAGGGUGUUCUAAAGAUAUGCCAAUUACCUACUGGCUCAAACUACGACAGCCACUGGCCUGUACAGAAAGUUCCAUUGAAAGCCACACCUCAUCAAGUAACUUACUUUGCAGAGAAGAAUUUGUAUCCGCUUAUUGUUUCAUUUCCUGUUCUUAAGCCACUAAGUCAAGUUGUUUCUCUGGUUGACCCAGAUGCCAACCAUCAGACUGAGAAUCCGAAUUUGAACUCUGAUGAACAAAACCGCUUUUAUACUGUUGAUGAAUUUGAGGUUCGUAUCAUGGAGCCAGAAAAGUCUGGUGGCCCUUGGCAAACUAAGGCAACCAUACCUAUGCAGAGUUCUGAAAAUGCCCUCACUGUGAAGAUGGUUACUCUGGUGAAUACAACCUCAAAAGAAAAUGAAACACUUUUAGCCGUUGGUACUGCUUAUGUGCAAGGCGAGGAUGUUGCUGCGAGAGGUCGAAUCCUCUUGUUUUCCUUGGGCAAAAAUACUGAUAAUCCACAAAAUCUGGUUUCAGAGGUUUACUCGAAGGAAUCAAAAGGUGAUGUGUCUGCAUUGGCCUCACUUCAGGGCCAUCUAUUAAUAGCAUCUGGUCCAAAAAUUACUCUGCAUAAGUGGACUGGCACUGAGUUGACUGGUAUUGCAUUUUUUGAUGCACCACCAUUACAUGUUGUGAGCUUAAAUAUUGUAAAGAACUUCAUUCUUAUCGGUGAUGUCCAUAAAAGCAUAUACUUUCUUAGUUGGAAAGAGCAGGGUGCUCAACUUAACUUGUUAGCUAAGGAUUUUGGCUCUCUUAAUUGUUUUGCGACAGAAUUUUUGAUUGAUGGAAGUACUCUGAGUCUCAUGGUUUCAGAUGAUCAAAAAAAUAUCCAGAUUUUUUACUAUGCUCCAAAGAUGUCUGAGAGUUGGAAAGGACAGAAGCUUCUUUCAAGGGCUGAAUUUCAUGUUGGUGCACAUGUGACUAAAUUCUUAAGGUUGCAGAUGCUAUCCACUUCUGACCGAACUGGUGCAGGUCCAGGCUCAGAUAAAACCAAUCGAUUUGCCUUAUUAUUUGGUACCUUGGAUGGCAGUAUUGGUUGCAUUGCUCCUCUUGAUGAAAUCACGUUUCGUAGACUGCAAUCUUUGCAGAGGAAGCUUGUAGAUGCUGUACCGCAUGUUGCUGGCUUGAAUCCAAGAGCUUUCAGGCAGUUCAAUUCAAAUGGAAAGGCCCAUCGGCCUGGCCCUGACAGUAUAGUUGACUGCGAGCUUCUAUGCCAUUAUGAAAUGCUUCCAUUGGAGGAACAGCUUGAAAUUGCUCACCUAAUUGGGACGACUCGAUCACAAAUUCUCACAAAUCUAAGCGAUCUGUCCCUUGGAACAAGCUUCUUGUGAACACAGUCAUCUUUUUUUGAUCAAAAAACAGUGCCUGCCCAUAUCUUGCCAUUUAUGGAUUUUGAUCCAUUGGCAUCUUAUUAUUACUAUAAGUGCUUUAAUAUGGUUGAAGGCUAGGGUAAGUCAUUAAAUCGUAUCCAAAUACUAUCUUACAAGCAGUGAACACAAUCAGCCCUUGGAUAGUGAUAUCCAGCAUUAAUGCCGAUGCAAGUUUCAUAUUCUGCAGAUCAAAUGUAAAUUGUUGUCUUUCCACAUGGAGUCAUCAAGUUAUGCUUUUCUAGAGUUGGGAAGUAUGAGUCUGUUAAGUUCCUAAAUGGGAAGAGCUGGAUGUAGUGUAGCAUGAUUCCAUUCCCCCUAAGAAGCAAUUUGAACUGAAUCGCUAGAAGCUUGGAUUCUUCUAUGUAUGUCAGCAUUAAGAAUUGUCUGUAACAUUAUGUAAUUAGUCAUUUCUUGUUUAUUCAUAUGAAGGUUUAAUAACAAACAGCAUUUCAAAAUAACAGCUGUAUAUACGGUGUUAUGGAAUAACCUUUAAAGUUGAAUUACUAUUAGUAA